AUGGACUCGCUCAAUUCGACUUAUCCACAGCCAGCCAUGGCGACCUAUACUGAUCUUCUCGACCUCGCCGCGCAGCAACAGCCUCAUCUCUCCGGCCUCGAGCGACUCUGGUGGGCGCAUUAUGCCUACUGGGACAAUAACAUACUCGCAACUGGAAUCAUCACCUUCCUCGCCCACGAAAUCAUAUACUUCAGCCGCUGUCUCCCCUGGAUCAUUGCCGACGCCCUCCCCAGCAUCUUCCUCAAAUACAAGAUCCAGGAUCAGAAACCCCCUCCAUCCGCAGCAGAGCAAUGGGCCUGCACAAAGUAUAUCCUCCUCAUCCACUUCGUCGUCGAGCUCCCCCUCAUUGUCCUCUUCCACCCAAUGAUGGAACUCUGCGGCCUGGGCUUCACCAUCCCUUUCCCAGACCUCCGCAGCCUCACCGCGCAAAUAAUCACUUUCUUCCUUCUCGAAGACACAUACCACUACUGGCUGCAUCGCGCCAUGCACUGGGGCCCGCUCUACCGCUCCAUCCACCGCAUCCACCACCAAUACGCCGCGCCGUUUGGGCUAACAGCCGAGUACGCCAGCCCCUGGGAGACCCUCCUGCUGGGCUUGGGCACUAUCGGGCCUCCAUUGCUCCUGGGACUAAUGAAGUGCAACGUGCAUUUGGUGACGGUGCUGGCGUGGGUGACGCUGCGGCAGUUUCAGGCUAUCGAUGCGCACUCGGGGUACGAUUUCCCGUGGAGUCUGAGGCGGAUUAUGCCGUUCUGGGGUGGGGCAGAUUGGCACGAUGAUCACCAUCGGUAUUUUUGGGGGAAUUAUUCCAGUUCGUUUAGGCAUUGGGAUGUGUUGAUGGGUACGGUUGCUGGUCCGGAAGCAAGGGAGAAGAGACGCGUGGAGCGAGAGAAGCGGCAGGCUUGAUUGUCCAGAUUGGCGAGGAACUAUUAUUAUUAUCUUUGAUUGUAUCGAUAUUCUUAAUGUAAUGUAGUAACUUGGUUGGACAUCGGAAGUGCUCUGCUUCCAACAUGCAGAUAAUGCCAUCACUUAAUGAUUUCCUAUGUUGCCGAGGUGAACACUAGGUUGUCUCUUAUUGCUGUUACUGUACAAUUCAGUCGUAUAACACUCUUCCCUAGGCGAUACGACGUCGAUGGACGAGGAGAUUAGUCGUGGCUAAAUG